GUAAACGCCUCUCUGUGCGAAUUAUUCGUUAUUUAGUUGCAGUGUUGGAUUUGUUGUUAAAGUUGUUUCGUUAAGUUUUCUUAUUGUUUUUGUUUGUUAUUGACUUAUUUGUUUUGGUGCUGAAAUGUCCCCUUCAAGACGUUGUUAUUUUUGUGGAAUAAGUACUAUUCACUAUGGACCAAGACGUAGAUCUCGUGCACCUGUACGGUCUUACCAACUGAACGACGACUUCUUAUUGGAGCAUCCCUCCGUUAUGGAAUAUGCUGGCCAUAUGAUUGAGGAGCCGCAGAUAACGGCUGAGAAAAAGAUAUGUAGGCCUUGUUUACAACGUGCCGAUCGCUUUGUUAUUAGACAAAGGAGAGAACGUAUGCAAGAGGAACGCAAUGAAGCAGCACAACAAGCAGCGACCGACGUGGUAGUUGAACCUUCUAGUAGCAGCUCGUCACGUGGUAUAAUUAACGAUCCAUUGGAUGUGAUUGGUGUGCCUGAAGAAGUAAUUGUUCCCGAAGUACAAGAUGCACACACACAAACAAGUACUCCUGUAUUUCCUGUUCAUGAUUUUAAGCGAGUACCAUAUAAUUCCAUCUUCUGUAUAGCAAGUGGCUGUAAUAAUCAAAAUGAUCUUCAUAGGAUCCCGUUGGCAUUCAGAAUAGAUUGUUUGUAUAAACAAAAUAUUUACAUUUCUUUCGGAAAUCGUGCUUGUAGUGAGCAUUUAAUGAGCACCAUAUGGAACAACCUGGAAGAAAAUAGUCGUUCUACAAAGGAAACUUUUAACAGUAGACAAAUGUCCGCUAUGUUAAAGCUAUUGCAGAAAAAGGAUACGCAGUAUUUGAAUUUCGAAAGACUCGAAUCCCUUGAUGAUUAUGUGUUACAUUUUUACGCCGGUUAUACGAAAGAUAAUUUCCUAAAUAUACUCGAGCAAACACCAUCUAUAACACAAACCUUUAAAAAACCAAAAACAGCAUUGGCUACCGUAUUGUGCAAAUUACAUACCGGUGACUCUAAUGAAAGACUGUCGAGUAUUUUUCGUAUGACUUCGCAGCAGUUUGGAACAAUAAUGAAAAAAGUACGGCACUGUCUGUGUUCGGAAUUCGUUCCUAAAAACCUAGGGUUCGAUCACAUUUAUGGGCCAAAUCGCGCUAGCUCUUACAGAAACGAGCUUUUAGAGAGAAUUUUACGAAUUUCAAAUGUGUUAUUUUCAAAUUCUCGAAACCCAGUCAUAACAAUUUGCGAUGGAACGUACUUUUAUAUCCAAAAAAGCUCAAAUUACGCAUUUCAACGAGAAAGUUACAGUAUACAUAAGUAUCGCAAUUUAUUAAAAGUAUUUUUAAUUGUGAGCCCAGACGGCUACAUAAUUGAAACAUUUGGUCCAUACGAAGCAAAAAAAUCAGAUGCUUCUAUUAUGGAAGAACUAAUCAGUGAACGGGAUGAUAACCCAUUUCAUUGGUUUUUUGAAGCAGGUGACAUUUUUAUUCUAGACCGAGGAUUUCGGGACGUAAUAAAAAAUCUAGAGGAAGCUGGAUACGAAGCAUACAUGCCUUUGACCAAAGAUGAUGACGAGCGUCAGUUAACUACUCGACAGGCUAAUGAGUCACGUAAAGUUACACUGUGCCGUUGGGUAGUUGAAUCAGUCAAUGGACGAAUUAAAAAUCAAUUUAGACAGUUGAGGUCACAGUAUGUAAAUAUAGCAGCUCCACACUUGCACGAAGAGGUCAGAAUAGCAUGCGCCUUAAUAAAUGCCUAUGGGGUGCGAUUGACAGACAAUGCCCUUGUUAAUGAAAUAAUAAAUGAAAUAUAUUUAAAAUAUGAUGCACCCAACCUCUUAAGUGAGUUGGUAAUACACGAGAAUUUAAACAUGCGUCUUUCCAGGCUAUAGAUGUCAGUGAAGGUUUUGAUCAAUUCCCAGAAUUAUCUCAUGAUGAGCUAAUAAUAACGAGCUUAGGACCGUACCAAGUGGCACAAGCCAGAAGUUAUUAUGGUGAACAUAUGAAAAUAAAUGGAGAUUUUUAUAUUGAGGUGU